GAAACAUGUGAGUGAGUGAGUGAGUGAGCGGGAGCGAGAGAGCGAACGAACGAACGACUGCCGAUGUAUGUUUCAUUUCAUUUAUUUAUAAUUUUUAUUCCACAUCCAACCAGUUGUUUUUAAGUUAUCUGUUGAAAUACGUGUGUUACGCCUUCACAGCUUAAAACAUAACCAACUUAUACACAUUCACGAAUUUCAACGGAGAGUAUUCUCUCUAUAAACAAGAUUACAUUCGGUAAAGGUAGAAUGAAAAUGUAACCAUAUUCAAUACGUUUUGUUGUGUUUUUUUCCCCUUGCUCUUCGGCUGUUUUCAGGCAAAAAAUAAUCCAAAAAUAACAACGUUGACGAAUUCAUAACAAAAAUUGCAACGCACAAACCACUCGAUCUCAGAGAGAAAAUACCAAAAGACAAAAAAAAAAUUGAAUCAAUACAAUUUUGAAAUCGCUGCAAAGUUAUGAUUGUGCAAAGUGAAGAAAACUUAUAGCCAAUAUAUUCUUGUGACUUUUUUCUUUCUUUCUGGUGUUGUUUGCUGUUACGGUGUUCAAACUAUCCAAAUCAAUUUCUACCGAAUAACAAAGAGUGUGUGAUUGGUGUGCGUGUGUGUUUGUUUUACAAAAGUGAUCGCGGUAGCAAAGAAUCAAAAAAAUUAUUAAAUUGAUUGAUGCAAAUUGCCAGCAAUUUUGUGAAAUAUCGACAAUAAUUUAAAUGAGAUCAUUUUAUUGAAUGAGAUCAAUGCUAGUUCACUGUGUCAUUUGAAAUUUUGGAAUUUUCAGUUCGAUUGAUAAAAGCGCACCGUGCACGGACUAUGGCAUAAAUGCAAUCGUGUGGCCACCAAGAAUUGUGCGCGAUGCAAUGCAAUGAACGGAUUAUUCGUCCAAAUUGAAUAUUUAUAUAUCAAUAAUGUCAGUGGAAAAUAAUUUAUUUCACUCGAUAGCUUGUUACACCGAACUGAUGAAAACAUGAACAAUCGACCGCGAAUAAACAGAAGGCGAAAGAAGUUUAUAGUUUAGUGACCAAUUUGCUUUUGCAGUCGUAACAAACAAUUUCUUUUUUUUUAUCGCGGUUGUUACUAUUAUAGUUUUUUGUUGUUUUGUAUUUGUUUUAAAUCGUUUUGUUUUUAAAACAUUUUAUUCGCUCGUAAAGUGGCACAUCAAUGCAUCGCAUUAACAACAUUAUCGGAAAAACUUAGUGCUUUUAAUGAUACCAUAAAUUAGCAAACACUAGAUUGGUAAUUUUUGUUUGCUGUGCAUACAUUCUGCGUCAAGUGCAUUUUAAAUGUUAACAAAUUGCAAGUUAUCCAUUAUUUAUUGACUGCCGUGUAUUGUGCGUGCGUUUCGAUUUUUUUUUUUGAUUAAUAUUUUUUCUUCGAUUCAAAUUUCAAAGUAUUUCAAUCAAAAUGCGAAUAAUUGUGAAAGCCAGUAUUUUGUAUGUGUUGUUGGGAUUUUUGUUGACUUUAUUUCAACAAGUUUCCACUCAACUAAUCACAGAGCAUAAAGAAGUCGAAUUAAGUGGACCGAAUGUUUGCAAACGCAUCGAAGAGUUUCCUGUUGAGGUUGUAGUAACGGAAAAGCAACCAUAUCAAGAGCAAGUGAACAAUUGGUGUCUCGCCGUUCCACCACGAUGUACAGCCUACAAAAUCAAAUUUAAAACGGUCAACAAGACAGUAACUCUGAAGAAGGAACGGGUCGUCUUUGAAUGUUGCGAUGGCUAUACUGAAAAUAAAGAUGGAAAUGCGUGUAAGCCGAUUUGUACUGAAUGCAAACAUGGUGUUUGUAUUGGACCCGAUCGAUGCAAGUGCAAUUCGGGUUUCUUCGGACCGGCAUGUGAUAUACAAUGCCCGGAAGGUUAUUGGGGACGAAAUUGCUCACACCAAUGCAAUUGUGAACACGACAGCGUUUGUGAUCAAUUUAACGGGUUGUGCAAAUGUACAAAAGGCUACAGAGGCGAUCGAUGCGAAUCGGAAUGUUCAAGCGAUCGAUACGGCUUAAAUUGCUCGGAACCAUGUCGAUGUAGUAAUGGUGCAAGGUGUCAUCACAUUUCUGGUGAAUGCACUUGUGCUCCUGGGUUUACUGGUCCACUGUGCGCCGAUCGUUGCCCAGAGGGAACACAUGGUGAAGAUUGUAAAUCAAAGUGCAAAUGUCAAAAUGGAGGCUCAUGUAAUCCACAAACCGGUCAAUGUGAAUGUCCACCCGGUUGGACCGGCGAUGUGUGUGCAAAUCGUUGCCCAGCUGGAUUCUUUGGCAAAAAUUGUGAACAGCAAUGCGAAUGCUACAACAAUGCCCGAUGCCACCAUAUCGGCGGUGAAUGUGAGUGUGCGCCUGGAUACAUCGGACCAAAAUGCUUUGAAAGUUGCCCUAGUCAUACAUACGGAUUGAAUUGUACCGAAGAAUGCAAAUGUAAAAACGGUGCCAAAUGUAAUCCAUCAGAUGGAAGUUGUUCGUGUACAAAGGGUUGGAAGGGCACAUAUUGCGAGGAUCGUGUUUGUCCCGAUCAUAUGUUUGGCGAGAAUUGUGAAUCCACCUGUGAAUGUGACAGAAAUACAACCAAAAGCUGCCAUCCAUACACGGGCAAGUGCGAUUGCAAUGCCGGCUGGAGCAGCAAUUUGUGUAAUCGACCUUGUCCAUUCCUAACUUGGGGCGAAAAUUGUGCACAACAAUGCGAUUGUAACGGCGCUCAAUGCAAUACGAUAACUGGCGAAUGUGUUUGUGCUGCUGGCUACCAAGGCAAAACAUGUGAAAAACAGUGUGAUGAAGGUUUCUAUGGAGAUUGUUUACAAAAAUGUAACUGUACCAAUGGCAAAUGCAGUCCAGAAACCGGUCAAUGCUUCUGUGCUGUUGGAUGGAAAGGUCAUCAUUGCGAUCGGCCAUGUGAUGAAGGAACAUUUGGAAAAGACUGUAAAGAGCAUUGUAAUUGCCAGAAUUCGGGCGCUUGCAAUCCUCAAACCGGCCAAUGCACAUGCAGUGCUGGAUGGACCGGUGAAUUUUGCGAAAAGAAGUGCAGCUUUGGUACAUUUGGCUUCAAUUGUUCCCAAAAAUGUGAUUGCAAUUUCAAUAAUUCGAUAACAUGCGAUGCCGUUGAUGGACGAUGUGUAUGCAAAAAUGCAUGGUCAGGUGUUACGUGUGAAACAAAAUGUCCACCAGGGCUCUAUGGAGAUGAUUGUGAAAAUGUGUGUCGAUGUUAUAAUAAUUCAUCGUGCGAUGCUCAAACGGGAAAAUGUAUUUGCAACAAAGGAUGGCGAGGCGAAGAUUGUUCAGAGCCUUGCAGUCCAGGCACAUAUGGAUUGGGUUGCAAAGAAAGAUGUCCAGAUGUUGUUUAUGGUAAUAAAACAUGCGAUCAUAUAACCGGAGAAUAUGUGUGUCAACCGGGCUAUAUAGGACUGACGUGUGAGCAUCCUUGUGCCGAUACCACAUAUGGUCCCCGUUGUUCAUUGAAGUGCAUGUGCGAGAAUGGCGCUGAAUGUCAUCAUAUCACUGGUCAAUGUCAAUGUGCUCCAGGAUGGACGGGAACGUCAUGCAAUGUGCCUUGUCCCGACGGUUACUUCGGUCAAAAUUGUAAUCAAAUUUGCAAAUGUAAAAACUUUGCAAGAUGUCGCAAAAACGAUGGAUACUGCAUUUGCAACGAUGGCUGGAUGGGUGCUCAUUGUGAAGAUGUUUGUCCAGAAGGUUUCUUUGGAAAACACUGUAUGGAUUUUUGUUCGUGUGCAUCGCCACAGUUUGUUUGCCACGCGGCUCAUGGAUGCGUGUGUCGUGUUGGAUUCAGUGGAACGGAUUGCUUAACGCCCAAAGGACAAUAUCAAGAACUUCAUAAUGGUCAAAGUAGUGCUGGUAUCGCAUGGGGUAUUAUUGUUGCAUUGUCAUUGGUAGGCGUCAUCAUUUUCAUAUCACUGUAUUUCCGUCGACGGGUGCGAAAUUUGAAAACAGAAAUUGCACACGUUCAAUAUAUCGCCGAUCCACCAUCACAACCAGAUCGACACCAUUUCGACAAUCCGGUUUAUGCAUUCCAACCAUCGACAUCUAGCAACACGGACAGCUCAACACUUUUGAAUAAUCUUCGAGCUAGCCAUAAACCAUCAAAUCUAAAUGGCCGAGCUGGUGCUUAUUCAGUUGAAUACAACACCGAUAUGCUUCAGAAAAAUUUAAAUGCAGACAUGACCAAUCCAAAUGUAUACCAUAGCAUUGAUGAAAACUUCGAAGAUCAUGUUUACGAUGAAAUCAAACAGAAAGAUGGCUAUAAUCCAGAUGAAUACGAUCAUCUAGACUAUUCCAGUAGGCCAGGCAGCUCAUUUAAACCACAUUAUCAUCGAAUGAACGAUGUGUUGAACAUCACAAAAGACGAGAAAGAGGUGAAAGAAUCAAACAUCGAAAAUAGCAAUAAUUUAGAUACACCGGGACGAUCUCUGAUGGAUUACUCAAAAGCAUCCUAUUCGAGUGGAGAUUCAAAUAGUUAACUCAACCCAAAAUCCCAACAAUCUACUGAAUUAUGAAACAAACAAAAAACAUUUUGUCUUCGAGUGAACGUCAUUUUAUAGAGAAAACAAACAAACAACAAAACAAAUCUAUGAGCUUAUUUUUUUUCGAUUUUGUAUAUGAAUUUAAGCAAACAAAAACAAUGUUCUAAUGCUCAAUUGCAACAAAAAAAAUUAAAAUUAUUUAAAAAAAAAAAGAACAAACAAAUAAAUCCUAGGAACAAACAUGGUUGUAAGUGCUGCAAGCAGGCAAAAUAGUACACACGCAGUAAUGGUGUUUUUGAUAAGCAAAUUUUACCUAUUGUGAUUUAAGAAACGAAACAAUAUUUAGAUUUCUAAUAUUAUGUAUUGAAUUGUGUAAACGAUAAGUAUUUUUUUUCUCGACCUAAGUGUAAUUUUUAUGCCAAUGUUAAAUUAAUGUAAAUGUUUUCUUUUUCUCUUUUUAUAAAAAAAAACAACGUAUGAGAACAAUGUGAUUUCUGGACAAAUAGUUCGCAGAGUAUAUGCUCCCGCAAUUCAACGACAAAUAGCGGAGAGGUAGCCAGAAUAGAAUCAAAACUCGUGUAUUAUUUUUGUGAAUGAAAGAACAAAAACGAACGCAAUCAAAACGAAUCGAGUGUUCAUGCUCACUGUGCAUUAUAUUAUCAAUUGCGAAUUAAAAGUCGUUAGUUUUUAUGAUGCAUUUAUUUGCCAAUAUUUAAUAUCGACUAUUAUUCUAUGUUUCUAUUCUCUUUCAAUUUAAGCACUUAGCAUGUUAGUUAGUUAGUUUCAUUUUGAAAAUGUGUGGAUUUCGCAUGACAAAUAAGUUAUGAAUACCAUCGCCAAAGAUGAUGAUGGCAUUAUUAUUUGCUAAACGAGAGCAGCAGCAUUCAUUUCCCAAAGCAAUGCUGAUGUAAUCAAAACUGAUGCAAUUGUUCUUUUACUUCGUUGAAAUUAUGUAUAUCGUCGCGGUUGAUUAAUGGCAAUCAAAGUGCCUUUUUUUUUCUACAAAAUUCAGGUUUUGUCAUCGUGUGAAUUCAACCAUUUAUUUAUGUGAUAAGGUUAUAUUUUUCUAUGAAGAAGGUUAUAUUUGUGUGAAGAAAUGCUAUGCCUAAGAAUUUAGAUGCCGUUUUACACUUAUAGCUUAUUAACAACUAACGCAUUUGUCUCAUUGAACAACUGUUUUUUUCCCUGGCAAUAAAUGAAAACCGAUAUACAAAUUGAACAUUAUUCGUAAA